CGCGUCGCCUUGCUUUGAAUAGCACAAUUUUAAUAAAACUCUAAAUUAAACUUUAAAAAAUAUUACUAUUGAAAAAAAAGCAUGUAAAGAUGGUGGUUUUACUUCGUAAGCAGUAUACUACUCGGAGGAGGCAUGAGUCUGUGUGAAAUGACAGUUCAACAACAUCAUAACCCUUGCUUAGAAAACUUUGGCUAAUUGGAAUCAUAACAAUUAGGUCAAAAAAUGUCGGAAGAUCUGCACAAUUUUUUCUUCUACGCCAACACUUGUCACGUUUGCAAGUCUUGUGGGUACGAGACGGCCCUGAAGAGAUGCAGCAAUUGCAAGAUGAUAUCUUAUUGCGGCAAGGAACAUCAAAAACACCAUUGGCUGCAGCAUAAAAACUUAUGCAGAGUUUUGUCAGAGAUGCUCGAUGAGACGGACAAAUCAAAUCUUUUGGAGGGUUUUGGGGGUGUGAGCCAACAUGAGUGGGUAAAGGCAAAGAUGAAUCUAAUGCUUCUUGUUAGUUUGAAACUUGAAAGAAAGUUGGAACCGUACGAAGAAGAAAUAUUUAAAUUUCCCAGAGCCUGUGCCAUCUGUCACGAAGCAAACUCCAAAUUGCUCACAGAUUGUCCAUCUUGUCCUUGUGCUAGUUUCUGCAAGGUACACGAAAAAUACUCGGAUCACGAAAAACUCUGCAAGAUCUUAAGUCUCUGUUACAAUUUGGACAUAGCAUCAACGAUUUUUACCAGGCAUCCUCCCAGGAAUACUGUCCCUUACCACACCGAAAUGGCUUACUUACCAGCAUCCAUACAAGGCUUCAUUGAUCUCUUUGUCAAUGAAGGCGAUUCACCCCUCAAUACAAGAGAAUUACAAAGCGCACAAAUAUCAGAAUACCUUACUAGACCACUAACACUGCUCUACGCCUUAGAAAAAUUAGAAUAUAAAACAGAAACGGCAAUGACUAUUCAUGUUAUUGGAGCAAAUAUGAUUGAACUUGAUGGUAUUGAAAUAUGGGAGACUUUGUUACACUGGCUGCCAUCAUUGAUCACAUUGAAUAUGGUUUUAAUUGGUCCAGAGCUGAAUAGCAAUAGAAAUAAAAUUAAGUGUAACGUUUGUGAGUGUUGCAUUGAAAAGGACAUGAAACUUUACCUCGAAACUCACGGAGUUUAUUACAAAGAUUACGUUUUGAGUGAUAGUUUUGUUCCACCUGACAUUGUAGUGGGAUAUAAUUUAGGGAUCCAUGAAUGUGAAAAUCUCGACUCCUCCAAUGAUACAUGGUCACAUUCCAUAAGAAUUGUGCUUGAACAAAAAUGUCCGUUUCUUGUAACGUCAUAUACGUCAGAAGAAAUGAAAAAAGAGCAUAACAGGCUGUGUCAUAUUUUAGACAAAAAAGUUAAUUACGUAUUGUGCGAAAAAAAUCCAUAUGGUAGCUUAAGGCCACACAGAGACUAUGAAACAGAGGGAGUUUAUUAUCAAAAUCAAUAUCUACUUAUUUACAGAGAUCUAGACUGAUGAGUUAAAUAAUUUUUUAAUGUUAGAUUUCAAGUGUAAUACUCAUUAUUUCCUCUCUGGUGUAAAAGACGUUAAAUAUUCACGUUGUAACCCACAUAAAUUUUUUAACAUUAACGUGUCCUCGCAUAUAUUACACGUAUUUCACGAAUCUAUUUGUAAUGGAAAAGUCAAUAUUACUCAAAGGUGUUUGUUACUUGAUUAAUAUUUUCAAAUCAUAUUUAAUUAGUUGAAAAAUAUUAAAAUACAAUCAAUCUAUUUGACAAAGUAAUACAUCGAAAAAAGGACUAAAUAUACUUGAUGUAUAAUUAAUAGUUCUUGAUAGUUGUUAAAAUAAAAAAAAAAGUUGCUAAAUGUUACGGAUGAAAAAUACAAUCAUAGUUUUUAUAUCAAUUUUACAAAGAUGUUAAAUUAUUAAUGUUAUACUCCUUAAACGUUGUAAUCGGUAUCGUGAAAUUAUAAAUGUCGUGUUUGACAUAAGUUGUUUGAUCGUGCAUUAAUACAUCCAAUAUUAACAAUUUGUAUAAAUUAAUAAAGAAAGGAUAGGAAUGAUCGUGGGGUUUGAUUCGAAAAGCAAUGCAAACGUAACGUUUUCAUUACAUUACAUCAGUUCCAUUACAGGGUGGUAUUCCGUAUACUCCACCGCGCCACGCUAUAUAGGAUGACGGUACGUUACUAUUUACAAAUAUAUUAUAUUCAUUGUAACGUGACGUUAUAAAUUGUGGCGUGGUGUAGUGUAGAAGUUAUGGAGUAUACCACCCUAGGGGUAAAUGACACCUGCCAAAAUGGUAAAAAACCAGAACGAAUAUAUGAUGCCAAGUACAAAUAAAUUUAGCUACAAUUUUAUAACAUGUACACUGUUCUUACCUCUAAGCCUUACACCAAAAACUCCACUUCUGGUGUCAAUGUAUAUGGCUCUCCCAUUUAAACCACCAUGACAUUUGUUCAACUGCACUGAUAUAGAAAGCUGCAAGCUAGAAAGUAUAAUUGUUAAAACAAAAUAAUUAAGAUUUUUCUGUAUUAAAAACUUAU